UUUAUCAUUUACCGCUGCCAGACGAUUUUUGCAAAACGUUUUACUCUUGUGUGUUUUUAGACAAUUUUCUAUUAAAAUGGUUUUAAUUAUGCCUGUUAGCAUGCCAGAGCAUGGUCUUUUAUAUACAGCAAAUAAUAUCACAUUCAAAAUUGGCGACAAAGUGGUGGGAAAGGGCACUGUUUAUAUAUCACAAAACACUCUCUCCUGGCAACCAGCAGAAUUGCCUGAAGGCAUCUCUAUUGAGUGGAAGCAAGUCAGUCUGCAUGGUAUUUCAUCAAAUCCAAGAAAAUGCAUUUACUUCAUGUUAGACCGGAAGGUGGAGUGGGAGGGUGUUUACACAGGUCGCAACAAUGUUGAAGUCAAUGGGCAGAACGGCGGUGGCGAGCAGGGAGAUGGCGUAGCCAACAACGAUGUUGACGAGGGAAAUGGGAGCGAUGGACCGGAUGAAGACGACGAUGAUGAUGAUAACUUUGAGGAUGCAGUUGAUCAGCAUCUGGAUGAAGUUACAGAGUGCUGGUUGCUACCCGACGACAUACUCACAGUGGACACCAUGUACAAUGCCAUGACUACUUGCCAGGCACUGCACCCAGACUCGGCAGACAGCAACUCCGAGGAUAGCGACAUAAUGGAGGAUGCUGGUGGUAUGGCAUUUGAAGACCAGGACAUGGGAGAGGAUGCGCUCACGCUUGGGCGCAAUGGCGGCGAAGUAGGCGGCAUGCAGAAUCUAAGCCUGGACGAUGAUGAUGAACGCUUUGAGGAUGCAGACGAAUAAGAGGCUGAGCCUGAGAGUGCUUACCAGUGAACUAAUUACUCUACAUUAACACACAUUUAUAUUUAUAAUUGAAUCUUUAUACAAAUUGUAAGUCUAAAGUCUAAGAAUUGUGAACAUAUUUGAUUAGCUUUUGGAA